CCUUAUUUUUAUGAAUCAUAUCCCUUAUUCCAUGCCUGGGUUCAAAUGCCUGGGUAUCUGAAAUUUCUGCCUGGAAUUUCAGAUGGGUGGGGUUUAGAGUUGUGGCACUAUUCUAUUGGUCCAUUAAGACAGGAAAUGAAUCACACAAAGUAUUUGAAAUGAUUUCAAAUAGUAUUUUAACCCAGCUCUGCCUUACACCGAGGCUGAGAGUGAUCACAGGACAGGAUAGGGUGCUUAGUAUGGAGAGCACACUACUUAUCACAGGACAGGAUAGGGUGCUUAGUAUGGAGAACACACUACUUAUCACAGGACAGGAUAGGGUGCUUAGUAAGGAGAGCACACUACUUAUCACAGGACAGGAUAGGGUGCUUAGUAUGGAGACCACACUACUUAUCACAGGACAUGAUAGGGUGCUUAGUAUGGAAAGCACACUACUUACCACAGGACAGGAUAGGGUGCUUAGUAUGUAGAGCACACUACUUAUCACAGGACAGGAUAUGGUGCUUAGUAUGGAGAGCACACUACUUAUCACAGGACAGGAUAGGGUGCUUAGUAUGUAGAGCACACUACUUAUCACAGGACAGGAUAGGGUGCUUAGUAUGUAGAGCACACUACUUAUCACAGGACAGGAUAGGGUGCUUAGUAUGUAGAGCACACUACUUAUCACAGGACAGGAUAGGGUGCUUAGUAUGGAGAGCACACUACUUAUCACAGGACAGGAUAGGGUGCUUAGUAUGUAGAGCACACUACUUAUCACAGGACAGGAUAGGGUGCUUAGUAUGGAGAGCACACUACUUAUCACAGGACAGGAUAGGGUGCUUAGUAUGGAGAGCACACUACUUAUCACAGGACAGGAUAGGGUGCUUAGUAUGUAGAGCACACUACUUAUCACAGGACAGGAUAGGGUGCUUAGUAUGUAGAGCACACUACUUAUCACAGGACAGGAUAGGGUGCUUAGUAUGUAGAGCACACUACUUAUCACAGGACAGGAUAGGGUGCUUAGUAUGUAGAGCACACUACUUAUCACAGGACAGGAUAGGGUGCUUAGUAUGUAGAGCACACUACUUAUCACAGGACAGGAUAGGGUGCUUAGUAUGUAGAGCACACUACUUAUCACAGGACAGGAUAGGGUGCUUAGUAUGUAGAGCACACUACUUAUCACAGGACAGGAUAGGGUGCUUUGUAUGUAGAGCACACUACUUAUCACAGGACAGGAUAGGGUGCUUAGUAUGUAGAGCACACUACUUAUCACAGGACAGGAUAGGGUGCUUAGUAUGGAGAGCACACUACUUAUCACAGGACAGGAUAGGGUGCUUAGUAUGGAGAGCAAACUACUUAUCACAGGACAGGAUAGGGUGCUUAGUAUGUAGAGCACACUACUUAUCACAGGACAGGAUAGGGUGCUUAGUAUGUAGAGCACACUACUUAUCACAGGACAGGAUAGGGUGCUUAGUAUGUAGAGCACACUACGUAUCACAGGACAGGAUAGGGUGCUUAGUAUGGAGAGCACACUACUUAUCACAGGACAGGAUAGGGUGCUUAGUAUGGAGAGCAAACUACUUAUCACAGGACAGGACAGGGUGCUUAGUAUGUAGAGCACACUACUUAUCACAGGACAGGAUAGGGUGCUUAGUAUGUAGAGCACACUACUUAUCACAGGACAGGAUAGGGUGCUUAGUAUGUAGAGCACACUACUUAUCACAGGACAGGAUAGGGUGCUUAGUAUGUAGAGCACACUACUUAUCACAGGACAGGAUAGGGUGCUUAGUAUGUAGAGCACACUACUUAUCACAGGACAGAAUAGGGUGCUUAGUAUGUAGAGCACACUACUUAUCACAGGACAGGAUAGGGUGCUUAGUAUGUAGAGCACACUACUUAUCACAGGACAGGAUAGGGUGCUUAGUAUGUAGAGCACACUACUUAUCACAGGACAGAAUAGGGUGCUUAGUAUGUAGAGCACACUACUUAUCACAGGACAGGAUAGGGUGCUUAGUAUGUAGAACACUACUUAUCACAGGACAGAAUAGGGUGCUUAGUAUGUAGAGCACACUACUUAUCACAGGACAGGAUAGGGUGCUUAGUAUGUAGAGCACACUACUUAGAAGAGAAUCAGCCUCAACCCCUAAAGCACUUUUCAUUUCCCUCAGGGCUUCUGUUUGUUGUUCCACUCACCAUGACAACUAGGAAUAAGUUGAGACAGAAAGGCUACUUACUGCUUGCCGCUGCUUUACCGUCUGUUGGCAGAGGAGUUUAGAUGAAGAGGAUCUUGAUAUUGAGAGGUCAAACUGCAGCAUUAUGGUCUAGGGGGGUGUAUUAAUCCAAUAGUGUUAUUGCU